AUGUUAAAAUAUUAUCACUCGAGAAUUAAAUUGGAAAGAAUCAUUGAGGAGGAUAAAGAAAAUGAUUCACCCACACCGUCAGUCUUAAACUUCAACAAUCCAAAUUCGAAUAACUAUGAUAAAAACGAUAGAAAAUAUGAAGAUUCGACUGAGAUGGAAAUAGACGAGUCAUUAAUAUUAAAUCCUUCCCCUGCUUCUUCAGAUGAAGAACAAAAUACACCUCCAAUUCCAUCCAAUCCAAUAAAACUCAACAACAUAAAAAAUGAUUUGUCAUCGAAAUCAAAAAAUCUUAAUAUUACCAAUAAUAACAAUAGUAGUAAAGAUAUCGAUUUAAAUGGAUAUUACCAAUUAGCACUCGGACUUUUUCCGCUUUGUCCAAGCUUAUAUAAUGUAUUUGUUAGAUACGAAGAAAUAGAUAUUUCGUUGAAUAAUAUUCUAUUGUUAACAAAUAGAGUGAAGGUUUUAUCAAAUCUAUUACAAAAGAAAACAACUCUGUCCAGAUAUGAACUAUUAGUAGAGAAUCUUGCAUAUAGAAUUGAUUUGUUUAAAGUAAAUAGUAUACAAAUUAGUGAAAUAUGCUCAAUAUGUCUCGAGGUAUCCAAACUUAUGUCCUAUGUUGAUCCGGUUUUUAGGAAUCCAAUCUCGAUGGACGACAAUCAGCUCAACAAAAUAUUAAAGUUAACUUUGGAUCAUUUGAAAUCUAUCAAAACCAAGUUAUCGCAAUUGUUUACAAGAAAUGAAUAUAUUUACAAGACCACAAUGCUCAUUGAUGCUUCAACAAAAUCUACCAACACCAAAUCAAUACUAUCAGAGCUCCCAUCAUCAUAA